GGAGGAGGAAAGGAGGGCAAGACCAGGAGCCUUACGGAGGAUCAAGUUGGUAGAGACUACCAUUAUCAAAGUACUAGAUGACUUGAAAGAGGAGCUACUCUCCGGGAGAGGAGAGGCAUGAGAGCCUCCUACACCUCAAGCUCGAUAAAUUGGGAGUUGGAGACAAGGGACGACGGCCCCGAGGUCGAGACAGUAGGAGGGGCGGAUCUUGGCCCAGAACUUGGAGAGGACCAAGUGGUUAGAGCCAAGAAGAGCUUCCUCAUCGAGAUCCGACGACUGACCUUGUGGAAAAGGAGGUCCUGGACUACCCUAGCGAGGUUUUCGAUCGCUAUUAGGGGGGCGAGAGAGGUGCGGUUCUCUAGAACAUGGAGAGAGACCCUGUCGGAGGUCGAGAGAAGGUUCGAGGAGGACUCUAGGUGGCUUGGAAACCUACUCGAGGCCAGGGUGCACCUAGUAGAGGCGCGUUUUUGGGACAGGUCGGGUGAGUACGAGCAGACAUUGCAUCAAACGAUACUCGAGCAGGGCGAAGGCUCUCGAGAGAGGUGUGAGGACUUGCUCGUCGAGGCGGCGGACAGAUUGGCUCGGGUAGGUCCGAAGGAGAUAGUGAGGCACGGGAAUCGAGUGAAGGGGGAAGAGGCUCGGAAGAAAGUAGCGGGGCGGAAGGGCAAGGAAGUGACUCUAGUGGAGAAAGCAACUAAGAGCUGGUGCAUGGAAAGUGUGGUUGAGCACGGGGUCGACCAAACACCUAAGACCACUGCUAUGGGGCGAACCGAGGAGGAUACCGAGUUAGGGGCAAGGUUGAGUAAGUCAGCCGAGGGGGUGACCGAGGGGGUAGAAGCUAUGGGUAGAGCCUUAAGAAACCUGGAAGAACCCCUCGGAGAAAAAGUUGCGGAACCACGUGCAAUCUCGGACGAGCAUUUGCACCGAGAGAUGGAACCACGUGUACCUAUGAGAGAAAGGGUGGCCGAGGCCACAAGGGGCUUCCCUUUCGAGAGCCGAUGGGCGGACCACGUGGACACGGAAGAGAGAAUCGGCGAAGGGCAGGAGUGCCCUCGUGACAGGGCUGGAUGGUGGGCACCGAGGAGGAGGGAACUUGGGGACGGACGACCAACCAAAACGGGGGGAGGACCGCGAAGAUGGGCAGGCAGGGAGGUCGGUCCCGCUUGGGCACGAGAAGAGGCGGUAGGAAGGAAUGUGGGAGGUCCCGGAGAUAUCUGGAGAGGGGUUAGGGCCUCGGAAUCCAUGCACUGGGAAUGCGAAGACCUGGGUUACGGGGGUCGCAGGGAGGAGGAAUCAUGGGGGCCUCCGAUACCUCGACCCCGGAUGGAGGAUUUUGACCCUUUCUGGUACAAACCUUACGAUCCAGUGAUAGAUGGGCCGGCCGAUGGACCUUACUUCCGUCGGCAUUACGAUCGUCGAGUCCCUUAUUACGAUGUAAACCUGGGGCUAGAGUCACUCUAUUUUAACGGAAGGGACGUGACCGGGUUCGUGGAAAAGUGGGUGACCGUGUUCGUGGAAAAAUGGGAAAGUUACGCCUACCGGAAAAAGUUUUCGGAAAAAGAAUGGAUUGACCACUUCGUACAACAUUCGGACCCGGAGCUGGACCAGGCCAUCAGGGCCGUAAACCUGUCUGAUGGAAGGUGGAAGACCUUCAAAAGCAGCCUACUGAGGAUCUUUGCGUGUGACGACAUGAUCCCCACGAUAGAGGGGCUGCGUCGAGUGACGAGAGGAGAGCAAGAAAGUCUGGUGGCCUUUACUCGGAGGUUCAAACGCUUGUCCCAGGCCUUAGUGGAUAGAGGGAUGCUUUCGGAAGUCGACAGGUGCGUAAUGUUCAUGUUGCACCUGCCUGAGGAGAAGAGGAGGAAGGUCCUCGAAAAGGCCCCUAGGGACUCCGCUAACUUCGAAAGGGUCGCCGAAGUAGUUUUCACCAGGGGAGGUGUGGACGUACGGGAAUAUAUGAAGGAAAGCCUGGACAUGGCACUCCGGAGUAUGCGCUCCCAAAAGGGUGACGGUCCUCGUGGUAACGAAAGGCAGCCUCCGGGGCCUCCUGCCCAGCGUUGGGGAGGAGGACCCCCGGGCAAGGAGAGCGCGGCGGAAGAUGGAGGAAGAAGGAGCGGCGACGACGACCAACCGAUGGCCGACGCCAAAGGCGCGGAAGAAAGGAAAGGAGAGGAACGCACUUCACCAAAAUCACCUAGGAAGAAGGGGGCGAAAAAGUUCGAGAUGAAAUGCACCUUGGACGAGAUAGACACGGUAGCUCCCCUACGGAGGACCCUAAUGCAGCCUAUGCAGUGCACCCUUCUAGAAUACUUGGCAGCCAGCAAGAGCGCUAGGGAAGACCUCCUAAGCAUCACGAAGAAAGUGAGAGUCCCGCGCGCCAGAGGACCCACGGUUCCGGGAGAUGGACCUGCCAAAGAAGAAGUGCAGUCCUCCCGGAUCACCAUGAAGGAGCUGCCGGUGAACUUCUUCUCGGGAGAAGAGGCCAAAAGGUUCUAUGUAUUAGGGAGCGGCCAGCUCCAAGCUGUGGUGAGUGGAAAGAAGAUGAGGGCUCUGGGGGAUAAUGGGUUCGAAUCCACGGUAUGUAGAGACUCUAUUGCCCGGGAGUUAGGAUUGGAAAUAGAUAGAGGGGUGUCAAUGUCGAUGGUCGUAGCGGAUAACAAGCUGCAACCGGCAGAGGGGGUGUGUCACAACCCCGUGAUCGAGGUCGCGGGCGUCGAGGCCUCGGUCCCAAUAUUUUCGGUAAAGGAGUGUUCCUCCGAGUUGAUCCUCGGAAGAACCUGGCUGAGCGCGGUUCACGCUACCACGAUUGACCUACUGGAUGGAAGUCAGACCCUGUCAAUCCAAAGUCCGGAUGGAAUCCGGGUGGUCCUGAAGGCUGUGGACGCACAAGAUGAGCGGAGCCAUACCAACAUUCCAAGACGGAGGGAGGCCCUGUGAAGGGUGUGCCGAGUCCGUCUAGAAGAAUCACCCUUUGCUGAUAAGGAACCCCCGGGGGACAGAUUAGAUGUCAAGGAUGUCGGAGGCCGGGUCGUGAUUAGUGGGGUAGGAUACGAGAAGGAGGACGAGGAAGAGGAGUUCGGUGGGUACGUGAGGCUGUCUUUUUUGGAGGAAUCCCCCUAGUCGGCGGAAUCAAGAAGCAUAAAACCG